AUGCCACCACAAAAGCCUAUGAUAGAGGAACUUGAUACGACCGGAAAUGUGUCGGCUGAUGACAGCUCGUCUACCGAAAAAAAAGAUAUAAAGGAAGAAGUCCAGUCGAUAUACCACAGGAUCUUUGCAGAGCGUGGACCGAACAAAAGAAAAAUAAAAGUUAGAAAAAUAGAAGAAAUGCCGUUAGAGCUCAAUGGUCCCGACUCUGACUCUGAAUAUCAGGACAGUCACGAUUCAACAGACACAGACGACGCGACAAUUGUCAGCAGUGAGCUUCAGAACAUAAAUAGCGAAUCGGACGAUGCUGAGAAAGAGGAAGAUGAGUCUUUAAGCGUUAGUGACACGGAGGACCAGAGUCAAAGAAUAAAAGACUGGCUUACAAGUUGGAAAGUUAAUGAUCCGGGAGUCUGUUGCAUAUGUCUCGACAGCGCAACUACCGAAGACAACGUGCUUGUCUAUUGUGAUAAUGAUGAAUGCGAGGUCGUCACGCAUCAAGAAUGCUAUGGAAUUAUCGAUCUUCCGGGUGCUCAUGAUCCGUGGUAUUGCGAUCGUUGUCUAGCUAAACCGUCAGAAUGUGUUUCGUGCUGUUUAUGUCCGAAUAAAAACGGGGCUUUCAGACGAUUAUCGAGAGGGGCAGAUUCAGGAGGAUGGGUGCAUGUGGUGUGUGCGUUAUGGAUGCCGGGCAUGUGGAUAGGAGAUAAUGAAUUGAUUUCGGACAUAACGGUAGAACAUGUGCAACAAAAUAACUGGCGCAAGUCCUGUUGCGUGUGUUCGUCUGGCUUGCGUGAUGAAGGUGCGGUUGUACAUUGCGAUGCUGGCGGAUGUAAGAAUUGGCUUCAUGUAACUUGUGCCCAGUCGCUUAGUCUGCUCGAAGUCGUCGAGGAUGAUCCUAACAUGGCGGACCCAUACUUUAUUUAUUGUCCACAACAUGGAUCUCAUGCUGGGGAAGAUCCUCGACUUAAUGCUUGGGAAAGAUGGUACAGGAAACGUGAUGAGUUUUUAUUAAACGCUCGCAAAAAGGAGGGUUUAGCCCGCACAAGGCGAGUCAAUGUUGAGGAUGACAUUGGAAUGACGUUGCGAGAACUAUUUGAAGAUAGGUACUGCGAUUAUCGAGAACGUAGGGAGCAGCGAAUAGCCCAAACAAGAAGACGAGUUGCAGAAGGAGCUGCUAUAGUUAAUGGCAUCAAAGAUCAAAUAGUUAAAAACGAACAGGCUCUAGUAGAAAUAUCAUCAAAAGUCGAAAGCGGUGAGCAGGAAAGACAGGCCUUAUUAGCAUAUAUAGAGGAAAUUACGCCUUGCCUGCACAUAUUAACAAAAGCAAUGCUAAGGACGGAUG